CGGAAGUCGCGUCCAGUCCCGUUUUGAAGCGGGAACCAUGGCGGCGACUGAGCCGGAUGUGGAGGCUUUACCGCGCGGGGGCUUCAGAUGCUGCCUCUGCCACGUGAACACAGCUAAUCGGCCCAGCCUGGAUGCCCACCUGGCAGGCAAGAAGCAUCGCCGCCUUGAAGAGCUUCGAGCUACCCGCCGGGCCCAGGGCCUCCGGAGUGUGUUUGUCAGCGGCUUUCCCCGCGGCCUGGAUCCGGCCCAGCUCUCUGAAUACUUCCAGGCCUUUGGGCCCGUGGCCAGCAUCGUCAUGGACAAGGACAAGGGUGUGUUUGCUAUCGUUGAAAUGGGGGACACCGGGGCCCGGGACGCCGUCUUGUCCCAGCCCCAGCACGCUCUCGGUGGCCAUCGGCUACGUGUCCGGCCUCGGCAGCAGAAGGAAUUCCAGACUCCAGCUCCCAAGGCCCCCAGGGGGGCGCCCCCGGAUGACCAGCAGCUGAUGCAGGGGCUGGCAGAGGCUCCAGACGUGGAGGCCCAGAUGCUGAGGCUGGUGGGCCUCCGGGAGCUUUCCGAGGCCGAGCGGCAGCUGCGCGGCCUUGUGGUGACGCUGAUGCAGGAGGUCUUCACAGAGUUCUUCCCCGGCUGUGUCGUCCGUCCCUUUGGCUCCUCGACAAACGGCUUUGACGUUCAUGGCUGUGACCUUGACCUCUUCCUGGAUCUGGGGGAUUUGGAGGGGCCCCAGCGGGACCCGAAGGCCCCGGCCUCUCCGGCGUUGGACUCGGCCCUUGCUUCUCCACUGGAUCCUCAAGCCUUGGCCUCCUCCCCAGCUUCCCCUGUAGACUCUCCGGCCCCAGCUUCUCCCCAGGACUCUGAAACUCCCGCCUCCUCCCUAGCCCCUCCAACCCCUGACUCGGCUCUGGCCUCUGAGGCGCUGGCCUCUCCCCAGUCCUUGCCCCCCAUGUCACCUGUCCAGGAGGAGGUGGGAGAAAGGGACUUGGGGAAGACCUGGGAACUUGGAGGAUCCCUGAAGAGGGAGGAGGGGGAGGGAGAGGCCAUGCUGGAACUCGUGGGCUCCGUCCUCCGAGGCUGCGUCCCCGGCGUGCACAGCGUCUGGACCGUGCCCUCGGCUCGACGCCCCGUGGUCAAAUUCUGCCACCGGCCCUCUGGUCUUCACGGUGACAUCUCCCUCAGUAACAGGCUGGCACUGUACAACUCGCGGUUCCUGAAUCUCUGCUGUGCCCUGGACAGGCGGGUGCGGCCCCUGGUCUAUACCCUGCGCUGCUGGGCUCAGGGCCGAGGGCUGACGGGGAGCGGCCCCCUUCUGAACAAUUAUGCGUUGACUCUCUUGGUGAUCUACUUUCUUCAAACCCGGGACCCUCCUGUGCUGCCUUCCCUCACAAGGCUCACCCAUAUGGCAGGUGAGGAGGAACGGGUUGAGGUGGAUGGCUGGGACUGCAGCUUCCCCGGGGAGGCCUCCCACCUGGAGCCCAGCGCGAACACCGAGUCCCUGCCCUCCCUUCUGGCCCAGUUCUUUGACUGUGUCUCCAGCUGGGAGCUCCGAGGCUCACUGCUGUCUCUGAGGGAAGGUCUGCCGCUGCCCGUAGCUGACGGCCUGCCCCCCGGUCUCUGGGGGGGCCUGCGUCUCGGCCCUCUGAACCUACAGGACCCUUUUGACCUGAGUCACAAUGUGGCAGCCAACGUGACGAGCCGGGUAGCCGGUCGCCUCCAGAACUGUUGUCGGGAAUCGGCUAAUUACUGCCGAAGCCUCCAGUUCCAGCGUCGUUCUCCCCGGGGCCGGGACUGGGGUCUGCUUCCUCUCCUGCAGCCCAGCUCUGCCAGCUCUCUGCUGUCUGUUACUCCCAUCCCCCUUCCCCCGGCCCCCUUCCCCCAGCUCUGCGCUGCUAUCAGCCAGGUGUUAGAGGAAACCCUGGGCUGCCAGGUCGAGCGGAACAGCAAGAGGCAGAGCCCAGGAGACGGCGAUGGGGAUGCACAUCUCCGGGGGACGCCGAGGAAAAGGCCACGAUUGGAGAGGGAGAAAGGACAGACACCUGAGGGGCGCCAAGGAGAGGCCAGGGUGGAAGAGCCAGCCCUGGAGGCUGCGGGGGAGGAGGAGCUGGCAUUGGAGGCUGGGGGGGAGAAGGAGCUGGCCCUGGAGGCUGGGAGGGAGAAGGAGCUGGCACUGGAGGCUGGGGGAGAGAAGGGCCAGCCUGGGUCAUCAGGGGAGCAGCUGCACAGGCUUGGACAGCCUUUGGUGGAAAGGGAAGUAAAGCCCUUGGAAAACCCGGGGACUGAAGAGGUAGGAGCAGUCCAGGGGGAGGAGACGGGGUCAGGGGCGGCACGGACCUGGCUCUGUACGCUCUGGCACCGGGUAUGGCUCGGGCGGCGCAGGGUCCGGAGGCAGUUGCAGCAGCAAGCCAAAGGGGAAAUGAGCUGGCUGCAGGCAGAGGCUCUGGUGACCCAGGAGCUGAUAGCACAGGAAAGCAGGAAGCAGCGCCCAGAGCCAGAGCCGCCGCGGCCCCUCCUCACCUUCGCCGCAGCCACCAGCCCCUCCGGCCCCUUUCUCACGCUCACCCAGCUCCAGGAUCCUCACGGUCUGUUCCCUGACCUCCAUCAUUUUUUACAUGGCUUUCUACCUCGAACUGUCCGGGCCGUCCUCGGGUGUGAGAAAGGUGACUGAAGGACGAGGGGACAAUAAAGGGCUUUUGUAUGAA